AUGAUCGCGACCAACAUGAUCAAGGAUGUGCGAGUCCCUCUCAAGUCGGGUGGAGCAACUACAUGUCGAGGAUGUCAACAAGGGAAAAUGGUCCAAAAACCAUUUCCAAGCAACCGAGGCAAGCGCAGCUACGAUACGUUUGAGCUACUUCAUCUAAACAUCUGCGGGCCCAUGGAAAAGGAUUCGCUCGGUGGCAGCAAAUAUUUGCUGCUGAUCAUCGACGAAGCCAGUGGAUGCAUGAAGGGCUUUUGUCUACGAGUGAAGUCCGAGAGUGAAGACUACAUCCGGAAAUAUAUCACCAUGGUACAGACGCAAUUCUGUAAGAAGGUCAAGUUCGUGCGACACGACGGAGCUCGCGAGUUUGCAACCAACUCGCUUCAACUGCUCUACGAAGACGAAGGCAUUGAACAGCAGACAACGGUGCCGUAUGCACAUCAAACAAACGGAACAGCAGAGCGUGCCAUUAGGACUAUUGUAACGAUCGGCCACAGCAUGCUUCAUCAUGCCAAACUGGACAAGUGUUUCUGGGCCGAAGCAGCGAUGACGGCCAUCUACGUCAAGAAUCGACUGCCGUCACCUAAAGUCGUGAAAAAGACCCCGUUUGAGAUCGUCUACAACUUGAAACCAAGCGUCAAGCACAUGCGAACAUUCGGGUGUCAGACAUACAUACUGACGCCUAAAGAGAAUCGAUUCAAGUGGGAUCCAAAGGCUCGCGCUGGCAUAUUCGUGGGCUACGAAGAAGUUUCGAAGGCAUAUCGUGUUUAUGACAUCGAGGCGGGGCAGGUGGUUAUCAGCCGCGAUGUCAACUUCGACGAGUCCACCUUUGGACUUCAACUGCCGAUCACUGAUGAAGAUGUCGAUGACCUGGACUUCGAAUUGCUGGAUCUUGAUGACGAAGAGCUGCGUCAAAUGGAGUACAAGCAAACAGGCAAGCGCAAGAACCGACUCAAUGAUGAAGAUACAGCAGCUCCACGACCGCGUGCAGUGCGUCAACGACCAGGACUAGAAGAGUCAAGCGCGCCGGAAAACAACUCGUCACGCCAAGAAGAAGACGAAGAAACGAAGGAUUCUGGUGAUUCAACACCGCCUGUGUUUUGGCGUGCGAGUGCAAAUGCCGUUGAAGCAGCAGUGGACUUAUCAGAGCCCUCAACAUUUGAAGCAGCAGUAAGCGGCCCUGACCAAGUGCACUGGAGAAAAGCAAUUCAUGCAGAGCUCGAGUCAAUGCGACUUCGCGGUGUGUUUCGUGCAGCCAAGCUGCCCAACGGACAACGCGCCAUUGGCACAAAAUGGGUGUUCAAGAUCAAGCGCAAGGCGGAUGGAUCUAUCGAGAAGUACAAGGCACGUCUCGUGGCAAAGGGCUUUCGCCAGAAGUAUGGAAUCGACUACACGGAGACGUAUUCGCCCGUGGUCAAGCAUGUGACGCUGCGAAUGGUGAUCGCAAUUUCCAAGCAUUUUGGAUGGCCCAUCGACCAGCUUGAUGUGGUGACAGCUUUCCUGUAUGGCGUCAUGAAGGAACAAGUGUUCUGCGUGAUUCCUGAAGGCGUCGAACUUGACAUGUCAGGCUUCGACCCAUGUCUCUACAUCAAGACAUCGGACGGCCAUUGCGUGUUUAUACUGGUCUAUGUGGAUGACGUGUUGGUGACAGGAAGCUCACCCAAGUUGAUUGCACACACCAAGGAAGACCUGAAGACACGCUUCGAGAUGACUGAUAGCGGCAAGUGUGCAUUUGUUCUUGGAAUUGAGCUUUUGGACGGUGAAGAUGGCAGUGUGACACUAUGCCAGCGUCGGUAUGUCGAUGAUAUCCUCAAGCGCUUUGGCACGGAUGAUUGCAAGGCCGUCGCAAGUCCAGUCGACAUGAGCUCUCGACUUGUUUCAAGUGAUGCAACUACCAAGGUCGAUGCUCCUUUUCGCGAAGCUGUUGGUGCGUUGAUGCACCUGACCACUGCAACACGCCCGGACAUUGCGUUCGCCGUGGUCUAUGUGUCGCGGUUCAUGGAGAAUCCCCAAGAAGAACACUGGGUUGCAGUUAAGCACUGGGCUGGUGAUCUUACCGACCGCAAGUCAACUUUGGGGUACACGUUCAUGCUACCUGUUGCGCCAGUGAGUUGGUGCAGCAAGAAAGAGCCAAGUGUUUCGUUGUCCACGAGUGAAGCUGAAUGCAUCGCACUCAGCUUGGCGAUUCAAGAGGGCAAGUGGAUUCAUCGUCUACUUUGUGAGAUCGUGAUGGCUGCCAACGAAGAAGGACCGGAACUCAUGAUUCAUGAAGACAAUCAGUCAUGUAUCAAGAUGACGAAGAACCCGGUCAACCACGGCCGUGCCAAGCACAUUGAUAUCAAGUACCAUCACAUCCGUGAUGAGGUCAAGCGCGGUGAAGUGAAGCUCAAGUACUGUGAAACUGCGGUGAUGUUAGCGGACAUCAUGACGAAGGGACUUCAUGGACCACGCCACAAGGACUUGACGACGGCUCUCGGCAUUCGUGCGAGUUCGGAUUGA